AUGGAGAGGUUACGGAAUCAGAAGCUAUAUGCCAAGUUCAGCAAGUGCUCGUUUUGGAAGAGAGAGAUAGGUUUUCUGGGUCACAUAGUAUCAGGAGAGGGCGUGGCUGCUGAUCCAGAAAAGGCUAUUAUCGGAAGUUUGUUAAGGACUUUUCCUCCAUUGCAAAAGCCUUUAACUAAACUUACCGGUAAAGGAGUUCCUUUCUUAUGGGUGGAAGAAACCGAGAGGGCAUUCAAGAAGUUGAAGGAAGCUCUCACGACUGCACCUGUGUUAGCUUUGCCCGAGCAAGGUAAACCUUACACGGUUUACACGGAUGCUUCACGCGUUGGGUUAGGUUGUGUUCUUAUGCAAGAUGGGCGAGUCAUUGCAUAUGCUUCGCGACAACUACGAAAGCAUGAGGAUAACUACAGUACACAUGACUUGGAGUUAGCGGCCGUGGUGUUCGCUUUGCGAAUUUGGAGAUCUUACUUGUAUGGAGAAGAAGUGGAGGUAUACACGGACCAUCAAAGUCUUAAAUACCUCUUCACUCAGCCAGAUCUCAACCUGCGCCAGCGUAGGUGGAUGGAGUUUGUGGCAGACUACGACAUACGGAUUCGCUACCAUCCUGGUAAAGCGAAUGUUGUUGCGGACGCCUUAAGUCGAAGAAAGUUGGACGCAGAUUUAGAGAAAGAAGUGGAGCUAUUGAACCAGGAGUUGAAACAAGUGAAGUUGGUCGUUUUGGAAGGGCAGACAAGCGAGCCAUUGGGACUUCAAGCGGUGAAUCAGGCCAGCUUGAUUCAGAGAAUUCGAGAAGAACAACUUAAGGAUGAGAAGUUACUGAAGAUUGCUGAAGAACUCAAAGGACAAGCCGGGCCAAAUAAUGCGGGAUACUACUUGGCGGAGGACGGAACCUUGCUAAUUAAUGGGAGGAUCACGGUUCCUAAAGGACAAGGGCUGAGAGAUGAGAUACUAAGGAUUGCACAUCAUUCUUUACUCAGUAUCCAUCCUGGAAGUUCGAAGAUGUACCGAGACGUGAGAAGAUACUAUCAUUGGCCGGGCAUGAAGAGAUCAGUAGCACAAUGGGUUGCUCAGUGUGCAACUUGUCAACAAGUCAAGGUGGAACAUCAAGUUCCAGGAGGAUUGUUGCAGAGUCUUCCGAUACCUCAAUGGAAAUGGGACUCUAUUUCCAUGGAUUUCAUCACUGGAUUACCUAUUGCUCCAGGUAGAUCGAACAACUCGAUAUGGGUGAUUGUGGAUAGGUUAACCAAGGUCACACACUUGUUGCCUAUGCGGGACACUGAUAAAGUUGAAGUUUUGGCCGAGCUGUACAUCGACCAAAUCGUGAAGUUACAUGGUGUACCCUCUGACAUCGUCUCAGAUCGCGAUCCAAGGUUCACGGCAUCAUUUUGGGAAGCACUACAAGAAGCCUUGGGAACUAAACUGUACAGAAGCACGGCGUUCCAUCCAGAAACAGAUGGCCAAACGGAAAGGACCAUUCGGACCAUCGAGGACAUGCUGCGGAUGUGUAUUCUCGAUUGGGCAGGAACUUGGGAGAAGCAUUUACCGUUGGUUGAGUUCUCGUAUAACAACAGUCAUCAUUCGAGCAUAGGGAUGUCACCUUAUGAAGCAUUAUACGGAAGGCCAUGCAAUACGCCUAUGUGUUGGACGGAAGUGGGCGAAAGAAGAAUGUUUGGGUCACCUAUUGUUCAGGAGACCAUGAUUAAACUGGAGACGAUUCAGGCCAACAUGAAGAAGGCUCAGGACCGUCAGAAGAAGUACGCAGACCAGUCAAGAAGAGAAGUAACUUUUGAGAUAGGAGAUUGGGUCUAUUUGAAGGUUACUGCACAGAAAGGAAAGGACAGAUUUCGAAAGGUCGGGAAACUUGCAGUCAGGUUCAUUGGUCCGUACAAGAUCAUCGGGAAACUUGCAGUCAGGUUCAUUUGUCCCAACAGACAACGGAGUAACCAGCAGGGUUAUUCAUCUAUAAGGAUGGAAGAUGUUACUUGUUUCUCUUGCGGUAUGAAGGGCCAUUAUGCAUCGUCAUGUCCAAACAAGCCAAUCCCUGCGACCCCUCUCGCAAUCCGAGCUCCUCCUAGCCGUCCAGCUAUUGAGCCAGCACCAAAGAAGCAAAACCUAGGAGGUAGAGUUUAUGCCUUAGGUGUAGAAAACCCAGACAAUGCAGGACCGUCAAGCGGUCCCAUCACAGGAACCAUACAUGUUGCUGGUAAACCCACACAUGUAUUGUUCGACUCGGGGGCAACACAUAGUUAUGUGACCCCUGAAGUAGCUGCCCGGUUUUGGGAUUGUUUUGUGGUUGACAGGAUAAACGUGGCCGUCUUGACCCCCGCAGACCGAACCCUUCAAGCAAAUCAGUGUAUCAAGAAUGUUCCAUUGGUUAUUCAAGGCAAAGAGUUUGUGGCAGAUCUGUUAGUCGUGCCUUUAAAAGGGUACGAGGUAAUCCUUGGAAUGGAUUGGUUAUCGAGCUACGGAGUUCAGAUCGACUGUGGAAAGGGAAGGUUGUUGUUCGGCAGAGGUAAACGACCAGAGAUGGUAUACUAUGGAAUCAGUCCUAGUAUGACCGUGUCUUUGGUAGCAGCAAUGAGAGUACAAGAUUUGUUUCAAGACGGGGAAGUAUAUUUGGUGACCUUAUCGGUUAGUGGAGGAGCCACUAAUGAUGAAGUUAAGGUCGAAGACAUAGAAGUGGUCCAAGAGUUUGAGGAUAUCUUUGCACCACUAAAGGAAUUACCUCCACCUCGGAGUAAUCCCUUUACCAUUACUUUGGAGCCUGAAGCCAAACCUAUAGCUAAGGCACCAUAUCGGAUGGCACCUGCGGAGUUGGCCGAGCUAAAGAAACAAUUGGAAGAUCUAUUGGAAAAGGGAUUCAUCCGGUCGAGCUCUUCACCUUGGGGAGCUCCUGUGUUAUUUGUGAAGAAGAAGGACGGAAGCAUGAGGUUGUGUAUCGAUUAUCGUGGUAUCAACAACAUCACGAUAAAAGAUAAGUAUCCUCUUCCGAGGAUAGACGAGUUGUUAGACCAACUAAAGGGAGCUAGUUGGUUUUCGAAGAUUGAUUUGGCAUCAGGGUAUCACCAAAUUCCUAUUGCCAAGUCAGAUAUUAUGAAGACGGCGUUUCGGACGAGGUAUGGGCAGUACGAGUUUGUAGUUAUGCCCUUUGGUCUCACGAACGCACCUGCGGCUUUCAUGCGCUUGAUGAAUGAAGUGUUUCACGACUACCUUGAUAAGUUCGUGAUCAUUUUCAUUGACGACAUCCUGGUGUACUCGAGAAGUAAGGAAGAGCACAAAGAGCAUCUGAGACUGGUUAUGGAGAGGUUACGGAAUCAGAAGCUAUAUGCCAAGUUCAGCAAGUGCUCGUUUUGGAAGAGAGAGAUAGGUUUUCUGGGUCACAUAGUAUCAGGAGAGGGCGUGGCUGCUGAUCCAGAAAAGGUCCAAGCCAUACGAGAAUGGCCUCGACCUACCACUGUGACAGAAGUGAGGAGUUUUCUCGGACUUGCGGGCUAUUAUCGGAAGUUUGUUAAGGACUUUUCCUCCAUUGCAAAGCCUUUAACUAAACUUACCGGUAAAGGAGUUCCUUUCUUAUGGGUGGAAGAAACCGAGAGGGCAUUCAAGAAGUUGAAGGAAGCUCUCACGACUGCACCUGUGUUAGCUUUGCCCGAGCAAGGUAAACCUUACACGGUUUACACGGAUGCUUCACGCGUUGGGUUAGGUUGUGUUCUUAUGCAAGAUGGGCGAGUCAUUGCAUAUGCUUCGCGACAACUACGAAAGCAUGAGGAUAACUACAGUACACAUGACUUGGAGUUAGCGGCCGUGGUGUUCGCUUUGCGAAUUUGGAGAUCUUACUUGUAUGGAGAAGAAGUGGAGGUAUACACGGACCAUCAAAGUCUUAAAUACCUCUUCACUCAGCCAGAUCUCAACCUGCGCCAGCGUAGGUGGAUGGAGUUUGUGGCAGACUACGACAUACGGAUUCGCUACCAUCCUGGUAAAGCGAAUGUUGUUGCGGACGCCUUAAGUCGAAGAAAGUUGGACGCAGAUUUAGAGAAAGAAGUGGAGCUAUUGAACCAGGAGUUGAAACAAGUGAAGUUGGUCGUUUUGGAAGGGCAGACAAGCGAGCCAUUGGGACUUCAAGCGGUGAAUCAGGCCAGCUUGAUUCAGAGAAUUCGAGAAGAACAACUUAAGGAUGAGAAGUUACUGAAGAUUGCUGAAGAACUCAAAGGACAAGCCGGGCCAAAUAAUGCGGGAUACUACUUGGCGGAGGACGGAACCUUGCUAAUUAAUGGGAGGAUCACGGUUCCUAAAGGACAAGGGCUGAGAGAUGAGAUACUAAGGAUUGCACAUCAUUCUUUACUCAGUAUCCAUCCUGGAAGUUCGAAGAUGUACCGAGACGUGAGAAGAUACUAUCAUUGGCCGGGCAUGAAGAGAUCAGUAGCACAAUGGGUUGCUCAGUGUGCAACUUGUCAACAAGUCAAGGUGGAACAUCAAGUUCCAGGAGGAUUGUUGCAGAGUCUUCCGAUACCUCAAUGGAAAUGGGACUCUAUUUCCAUGGAUUUCAUCACUGGAUUACCUAUUGCUCCAGGUAGAUCGAACAACUCGAUAUGGGUGAUUGUGGAUAGGUUAACCAAGGUCACACACUUGUUGCCUAUGCGGGACACUGAUAAAGUUGAAGUUUUGGCCGAGCUGUACAUCGACCAAAUCGUGAAGUUACAUGGUGUACCCUCUGACAUCGUCUCAGAUCGCGAUCCAAGGUUCACGGCAUCAUUUUGGGAAGCACUACAAGAAGCCUUGGGAACUAAACUGUACAGAAGCACGGCGUUCCAUCCAGAAACAGAUGGCCAAACGGAAAGGACCAUUCGGACCAUCGAGGACAUGCUGCGGAUGUGUAUUCUCGAUUGGGCAGGAACUUGGGAGAAGCAUUUACCGUUGGUUGAGUUCUCGUAUAACAACAGUCAUCAUUCGAGCAUAGGGAUGUCACCUUAUGAAGCAUUAUACGGAAGGCCAUGCAAUACGCCUAUGUGUUGGACGGAAGUGGGCGAAAGAAGAAUGUUUGGGUCACCUAUUGUUCAGGAGACCAUGAUUAAACUGGAGACGAUUCAGGCCAACAUGAAGAAGGCUCAGGACCGUCAGAAGAAGUACGUAGACCAGUCAAGAAGAGAAGUAACUUUUGAGAUAGGAGAUUGGGUCUAUUUGAAGGUUACUGCACAGAAAGGAAAGGACAGAUUUCGAAAGGUCGGGAAACUUGCAGUCAGGUUCAUUGGUCCGUACAAGAUCAUCGGGAAAGUUGGUGAGGUAGCUUACCGAUUGGAUCUGCCAGCAGAUAUGCAUCUACAUCCAGUAUUCCAUGUUUCCAUGCUUCGGAAACAUAUACGGGAUCCAAGUACUGUUGAGCCCGAGAGAAUCGAGGAGUUGGAGAAAAACCUUACGUAUCCGGAAGGACCAAUCAGAUUAGGAGAACGGCGUAUUCGGAAGCUCAAAAAUCGUGAGAUUGCUCAAGUACAAGUGUUCUGGGGAAGACAAAACAGGAUUCAUGUUACUUGGGAGGAUGAAGCGAGAUUUAAAACCGAUCACCCGAAGUUUUUCCGAGAGGACGUUUUAAUGGAAGAAGGAGGCCCCUCAGAGCCUUAGAAUUCGAGGACGAAUUCUGUUAACGGGGGGGGGGGGGGGAGAAUGUAGAAACCCUUAAAAAAAAAAAAAAAAAAAAGAAUGGUCGAGUAUCUUUUGGAUGAUCGAGUCGCGGAUGAUCAUAUUGUUCUUGUCUGAACCAUGAGUCAAGUAUGCCACUGGACAAUGGUUAGACAAUGUAGUAGAUUGAUUCAAAUGAUGUUUGAAGCAAGACAAUUUUGGAAGCACAACAGGAAGACCGGAAAUUGGGCGAAAAACCCUAAAUUUCGGUAUUACGAAAUUUUUCGAAGAAGCCGAAAGCUCGGUAAAUAUUUUUCCUCAAGAUCAGAGUCCCAGUAGGGCUUAUUAAAUAUACUCAGGCCAUCAGAACGGGCGUAGAAAAAUAUUUGGGAUUGAUCGCGGGACAAAAAUUCACCGGAAAGGCCGAAAUCGGCCGAAUCGACCGAGAAGCUUGAGGUGGCUUGAUGUGUAUGUGUUCAGGACGUGGUGGCAGGCUCUUGACAGUGUGUGUCAAGGGAAUGAGGAGGUGUUGCAGUACAUGCAACAUGUACAUGCAAGUAGACAUGUGGAGCACGAGGUGGAACGGCCAAGCACGAGGUGUUGCGAUGCAUGCGACCGAAGCAUGCGGCCAGCCAUGUGUGAGAUGGGGUGUCGACCUGCAUGCACUUCAGUCAUGAAGCAGGCCAUCUGGACGUGGGUGUGUCAUCCUGCAUGAGACUGAGGCAUGCAGCCAGCCAUGUGGAGCACGAGGUGGAACGGCCAAGCACGAGGUGUCGCGAUGCAUGCGACCGGGCCAUGCCGCCAGACAUGUGGAGGAUGUGGUGUCAGCUUGCAUGUGAUCAGGCCAUGCAUCCAGACAGGUAGAGGGCGUGGUGUCACCUUGCAUGUGAGCAGGCCAUGCUGAAGGACAAGUGGAGCACGAGGUGCCGCCACGCAUGCGUCCGGAGCCAUGCGAAGCGACACACGGGCUGCCACACGGCUUGUUCCUGAUUGGUUGAUGAUUCCUAUAAAUAGGCCACGAACCCCUCUCAUUUCAAUCCAUCCAGAACACAUCAAACCUACUUCAAAACAUAAAGAGAAAGCAAAGAAAGAAAGAUCGAGUUUCGAUAGUUUUCGAGCGAUUUAGGCAGUUUUCGAGAACAGUUACUCUGCCGAUUUUGAGUCAGCACUUGGAGAAGAUUCUGUUCAAGUGAAGAGAGAUCAGUUCUAGUGGAGACCAGUUCAAGUGAAGAUCAGUCCA